UGUAGCCCAGACCACGGUCAGGGAACAAAAACAGCACUGGAAAUUUGCCCGAGAUGCAUACCGAGACCACGCAAAUGCAUUGCGAGCAUACAAUACCCAUGCUGGAUAUGCCUCGCCCUCGACGAUCCUAAUCGGAAGUGGAUUUCGUUUUCGCUUAAGGGAAAGAAGUGAAAGUGUAAAGGAAGAGAUGAAAAGAACAACAAGGGGGGAAAUUGCAAUUUACACGAUUCAUACUCUCCUGUUCCACCAAAGAGAUGCUAUUACGUUUCCUUUCCCGACAUCCGAUCGUCUCUUAGUCAAAGCUUUCCGGAAAAAUCUGGUUGUUGUCACUCCUUUUUAUAUGCCAGAGAACAAUCCCCAUGCGAGUCAGGGGGUAUGUGACAAGGACCGUACUUUUGCUCCACAAGUCUCCCUUCCCCGUUUGUUGACACUGAACGAGGAGACCUCCACAAAGCAAGCCAGUCAUGACGCUGUCGAUGUCUCAACGCUAGGUACCAGCCCUGACACCGCUGACAAUGUCGAUCCCACCUUGCUCGAAGAAGCCAGCUUAUUUUCCACGCUGGACCCGGAGCAUCGCGAUCGCCUCACACGAUACAUUGCAAACCAUCCCUUCAUUGUGAACGAAGGUCCGGUCGUGCGACGUCAGGAAUGGCACAAAUUCACACAGGAUCUUCGCGCGGAAGCCGCCACUGUUGGACUGGACGAGGAAGCCAUUCAACGGGUGAUCAGAUAUGUGAGGAAGCUAUACAGGGGAUUGUACAAGGGAAAUGUUCACUACGAUGAUGGUUCUACGUUUGAGGUUGAAGAGAUCGGUGGGGAUCACGGGCAUGUGAAACGAAAGAAACGAGAAAGAAGAAAACGUGGCUCCUCUGGCGCGACGAAGAGCAACUCGAAGAAGCUGAAGCAGAUGCUGGAAAACGAGUCUCCUGUUGAAGACGGAUCUGCUGCGGCUUUGAGUACGGAGUCUGAUGCUACCAGCGCGAUUCCGGUGAUAGAGGUUACUCAAGAAGCUAUCACAUUUUCUCAAGCGAAUCUCAGCAAGACCUCAGAGCUGAACACUAAUGAUACACCUGAGAGCAGAGAAAACAAGGAAAAUGCAGCUCCUGGCGACAUUAACGUGGAGAAUCGCAAGAAGCCCACAAAGCAAAAAACUAAACGACCAGCCAAAGUCAGCCACCAUUUUGCAAAGAACCGCAAAGAAGGAAAGUCCACAGCCAGCAGCCCUUCCGGCAGGAAAAAGAACCCCAAGCAAUCAAAACCAGCAGAUACAGGCAAACGCAGCGAGGCAGACACUGCAAAAAGUAAGGAGGCUCGCGAAGCGACCAUCAAAGCAAGAUCGCAUCGAAAACGUGUCCGACGGCGAGAAAGACUGAGGGAGAGAAAGGCGCAGGAACGUGCUGCAAAGGCGGAUGGACGGCCACAGGCGACCAACUCCAACGCGACGAAGCAAGACGAGCAAUCUCCGGCUCACCAGAAAACGCAAAAGAGUGAACUGGCCAAAGCAGAAACGGGUGCUAAAGACAUCACCACUGCCCCGGUUUGCGGUGCUACGGCGCCUGCUGGUGUCGAUCAAUCCCUCCUUGAUCUGCUAUUGUCUUCUGAUUCUUCUCUAAGCGACGUUCCCAGCGACGUGAGCUCCAUCGCUGCCGACUGUCCUCCCUUAUCUCCUCUUGCACAAGAUACUCCAGACCAGCAUGAUGAUCCAAGUUCUGUUCCUCAAACACCAACCAAGUUCGCCCAGCCGCCGGCGAAGAAACUUCGCAAAAAGCUUCCAAAAGUCUCACCCUACUUUCCCAAACCGUCCGGCGACGCAGAGUCGUGUCUCCCCUUCCCGCCCAUAUCGGCAGAAUCGUUUGGCUUGAUCCAGGAACAGCUAGCCCACGAUCCGUUCCGCCUGUUACUUGCGACGAUCUUCCUCAACCGGACACGCGGAGGCGUUGCCAUCCCGGUCCUUUUCCGCGUCUUCGAGCGGUAUCCCACCGUCGAAGCGAUGGCAGCUGCGAAUGUGGCAGACGUCGUCGAAACGAUCCACUGUCUGGGUUUCCAGAACCAGCGCGCGAAGAAAUGCAUCGAGCUCGCGAAGACAUGGUUGGUGGCGCCGCCAACGAAAGGGAAGCGGUACCGCAAGCUCAAUUACCCCAAGAAGGGCGAUGGACGAGACGUUGGUCCGGACGAGUGCAUUGACGACGACGACCCGCGCGUGGCAUGGGAGAUAGCGCAUUUGCCGGGGAUUGGGGCCUAUGCGAUCGACAGCUGGCGGAUCUUCUGCCGCGACGAACUCCGCGGUCUGGCGUCUGAUUGGAAGGGGACGAACGCGACAUCGUCAGCGGACUUUGAGCCGGAAUGGAAGCGCGUCCUGCCGAUGGACAAGGAGCUAAGGGCGUAUCUGACGUGGAUGUGGCUGAAGGAAGGAUGGGUGUGGGACCGGGAGACAGGGGAGCGGACCCGAGCAAGCGAGAAGAUGAUGCGGGCUGCUGCGAGGGUGUCUUGCUCAUGA